AUGCAAAAGUAUCAGUACGGACAGACAGACAGGCAGAAUAGAUCACCCAACGCGCCCCCAACCCCUCCCUCCCUCCCUCCCUUCUCCCACCAACCUCCCAAGACCCUAGAGCAAGGGCAAAAACCCCAAAGCCACAGCCAUGGCUUAUCCCUUUUCCUCGUCCGCCGCGACCGCUGCCGGGGCCGUGCUCCUGCCCGUCGGCCACCCCACCUCCCGCUCCAGCUCCGGCGGCCGCCUCCUCUCCUUCGCGGCGUCGGAGGACCGCAAGGUCUCGGCCCUCGUGGCUCUCGCGCUGCCGGAGGGCGCCUCGGGCGGCUGGGCCCUCCCCCGGGCCAAGAGCCCAAGACCUCAAGCGGAAGCAGCGUCGUCGCGCUCGAGGUGCCGGAGGGCGCCACGGCCUGCUGGGCCCUCCCCCCGGCCAAGACCUCAAGCGGAAGCUGCGUCGUCGCGCUCGGCGUGCCGGAGGGCGCCACGGCCUGCUGGGGCCUCCUGCCCGUCAACGCCACCGACAGCUCGCGCGGAAUCACGCUCGUCGCACUCGCGGUGCCGGCGGGCGCCAUGGAUCUCAUCCCGUCCAAGACGAUGGACGCGUCGCGCGGGAGCGGCGUCGUCACGGUCGCGGUGCCUGAGGGCGCCAAGGUCCUCCUGCACGCCAACACCACCAACCGAGACAGCUCGCGCGUGAUCAGCCUCGUUGAGCUCGCGGUACCAGAGGGCACCAUGGAUCUCCCGUGCAAGACCAUGAGGCGUCGCGCGGGAACGGCCUCGUCGCGGUCGCCGUGCCGGAGGGCGCUACGGGUGGCUGGGGGUUCCUCCAAGCCAGCACAACCAAGGGCUCGCCCGGGAGCGGCCUCUUGGCGCUCGCGUUGCCUGUGGGCGCCACGGGCGGCUGGAGCCUUCUCCAGGCCAACACCACCGAGAUGUCGCGUGGGGACGUGCUGACACUCGCGCUGCCGGCGGGCGGCUGGGACCUCCUCUCGGCCAACAAGACCGCCGCGCUCGUCGCGCUCGCCGAGACGGCGCUGCCGGCCAACAAGACCACCUCGCGCGGCCUCGGGCUCGUCUCGCUCGCGGAGCCGGCGGGCGGGUGGGGCGACGCUCCUGGGGGCGCUGGUACGGCGGGGGUGGUCGGGGAUCGGGCUCGUCCCGCACCACCAAAACCUCGCGCGGGAGCAGCGUCGUCGCGCUUGCGGUGCCGGAGAGCGCUACCGGCGGCUGGGGUUUCCUCCAGGCCAACACCAGCAACAACUCGCGCGGGGAUGGCUUGAUGGCGUUCGCGUUGCCGGAGGAGGGCGCCACGGCGGACGACGUGAAGGCCUUCUACUCUCAGGAAUUCGCCAAUGGUGUUGAGAAAAUUGGAAGCAUCAAUAGCUAUGUGCUCAUUGGACACCCUGAGAUCCUGAAAGUUGCGGCGGAAGCCGCCGAGAGAUGCAUCCAUGUCGUUGAGCGUUUUCUCCCCUGAGUUGGCCGGCUACCCUUCAGCGUAUCCGCUCAUCGAGUCUGCUACAGCCGAUAGUCUUCGCCUUGUAGAAGAUUGCCGAUUUGUGAUUGCCGAGUGUAGGGAGGGGUAUGUCCGGAAGCGCCCACUACUUGAUGCUCUUUACCACUUCAAGAUGCUGUCUGCCGGGUUUAUCGACUUGGGCGGGGUCCCCGACACCCCGAAGCCCUUCAUCACCAUCACCCCGUCCCCAACAGAAGCGGAGAAGGUGGCCUACUUCAAGGGUGUGGCGGAGGAGUUUGAGAAGUUGACCCGCAUCGUUGAGUCGCGCUUUGAAGAGUGGAUCAGUUCUGGCAAGUCGUCUGGAUGGUACGAGUGGAGCGUUAUCUCCUCGUACGACGACGAAUAGAGCCUAAGGUCGUGGCUGUUUCUUUUGCAUCCGUUUCUGGACAAUGUUGUUCUAGACUCUUUUGAGUGAUCCGCAAAAUGUUGGUUUUGGAUGUUUAAAUAUUGGGCCUGUAAGAAACUUUUCAUGAUUAAUGUGUAUGGAAAGCUGGGAUGUGGAUCCUGGGAGGUUCCGUGUGUGUUUUCAUGAAA